AUGCUGUCAAGUCCAUCUUCAUCUUCUACAAUUCUACCACUUUUUAUUCCUCCAUUACCACCGUUACCUCCAAUAGAUAGGAAUCCAUUGCCUGACUUGGUAAAACAAGACACACCGGCAUGUGCUGGUUGGGGGAACGAAGCAUGGUGUUCAAACAAGUUUAAUGUGAACCAGAGUGUUGUUAACACGAUGCACAAAGUAGACAUUGAGUCGAUGUUGAUUGCACCCAGCAAUAAUUUGUCACAUGCAAGUGAUACCGACAACAACUUGUCAUCAUCAACAAUUGCUAGCGUCACGGAGCAGAAAUACGAUCAUCAAGAUCCGUACUUUCCGUAUCCUGAUGUUCACAAGUUGCGUGUUAUUGACGAGACGGAAAAACGUUUCGAGUCGACUGCGAAAUGUAUUGGCAAUGACAAAAGAGAUGUCAGUGAUAAAAUGGGGAAAAUGCGAUUCAAAGAUACUUGCAGCUUAUUGUUGACACAGAGUCCUCCGCCGCGUAAAGUGACCCAGCCUGGACGCACAAUGUGGAGCAUUACACCGGACGAGCUUUCAGAAUUAGCACGGGAUAUGGCUGAAACGAAGAAAGAGCCUGCUGAAGCAAACAAAACGGUUUCCUAUUAUUCCAAAUCAAGCAAAUGCAGAUUGAUUGAAUCUACAUUGAGUCGAGUAGCACAGACGAAAGUGGUAGCACCUGAGCAGCCGAUUCGCACGUUCAAGAAAUACUAUGGACUGCCUAACAUUCCAACCUUUACAUCGCUGCACAGGCAGAAUUUCCGUCCUCGCUCUAUUAGUGAUGCAGAAGUGCCGGAACAGAAAACAACCCCAUUCAAGAAGUUUACUGAGACGGAGAACAAGCCACAAAAUAUGCUGGACUAUCGCCAAGUGUUUGGUCUUUCAGCCAUGACGCCCACAUUUUAUCCACGCCAGUCGACUGACACGAACGAGCUCAUGCAAAUGUUGAAGGCGUCACUUGCGUCCAAGAAGGUCGCACCACACAUGGAUUGGGAGACUGGAAGUGCACAAAUUGCGGCAACCAUGUACUAUGUUCUAGACAUUAUUAUCGUCUUCAUUGUUGGAGCUGACCGUCCAUUUCUCCGAGUAGAACUUCUCGUAUAG